UAUCUAUCUAUCUCUUUUUGUUAAAUAAGUGAACCCAGCUGUACAUGUGUUUAUUUCCGUGUGCGUGUAUUUAUAACCUCAUACAAUGUGCAUGACAUGGAGAGGCUGCUGGGGUGUGAUAACAGUUAGUAAGUUCCUGAAGGACAGAUGGAGAGGGAAGGAGAGAAUAAGGAAGACUUGGAGAGACAGAGGCAGCGACAGAGAGACACAGACUGAGAAACUAACAAAGAGAGACAGAGAAAUGGGCAAAGAGAGAUAGAACGAGAGGGACAGCAAUAGAGAGAGGAAGCUGGGCAAAGUGACAUACAGACAGUACAACGGACAAAAAGACAGAGAGAGAGAGACAGAGGGGGAGAGCGAGAGAGAGAGAAACAGGAAAAAAGAGAGAAAAGAGAGACUGAAAAAGAGAGGGGGAGAGACAGAGAGAAAGACAGAAAAGGGUCACUGAUAGAAACCCCUCGCUGGACACUACAGACUGCGACAGACAAAAGAACCGAGACACAGAAACAUGCUGCUCACACUUAUACUGGUGCUGAGUAUACCGGCAUGCUGCGGCACGGAAGGAUGUUCAUCUCACCAGUCUCCGCCGCCGUCACUGGACUUGGUGCUGAACGACGCCGCGAACGCCCUCAUAUGCAGCCUGUGCCAGACCAAGGCGCUGCCCAAGAAGAAAGUCACGUUCAGCUGGUCAUUAAACGGGGUCAUUCUGCGAUCCAAAAAGGAGAGCCUUCCUAACGCCAUCUACAACCUGGACCCCGCGAAGCCGAGAAACCACGGCCGCUGGAGGUGCUCAGUGGCAGAAUUCCCGCAAAUCAGUGCCGAGUAUCUCCUGACACCAUCGCAAGCUGCCCAGCCGGGAGAGACGGACAACAGUGAGAGGGCGAGCAGUGGCGUCACGCAGACGGUGGUGAUCAGCGUCACGGUCACCGUGGUUAUUCUCAUCGUACUGAUCGUUACCGGCACCGCCUCGGCCUGCUACGCGAUGGAACUGAGCAGAACCGAGUCGGUCCGGCAGAGGAGAGCUGAAGAUAAAAAGACUUCCUCAGAAGAGGAUUUACGGAGCCGAGCGCUGAGCGAGGAGAUAAAGGGGGACUCUGACAACGUGUCCUACGUGGAGCUGCAGCUGCACCAAAAGCCCCGCCCCCCACUCCCCAGGAACACGUGCGGCACCGUGUACGCUAGCAUCAUGUGACUUGGGGGGGCGCUGGCGCUCGCGGUUACUACGGGGAUAAUUAAGGAUGAAGGUCCCACGUCGCCACGAGCUUCUCCUGCGCGAAGGGCCGAGCUGGCCCCGUAUACUGUA